UUAAAACAUACUCCAUAAUAUAUUGAUCAUUUACAAAUUGUCGAAUACGAGUUGUUCAGCUUGGUAAUUAUUGAUUAAACUUCCUCUAACACCUAAUCUAGGAAGUAAACCUAUCUUUAAGUUUUAAUAAAGAAAGUGAAAGAAAAUCUUACGAACAAGAAGUAAAUUCCAUCUAACAAGUCCUCUUAAACAGAAAAUGUCAUCAUCAAUUAUUCAAUUCCAAAAAAAGAUUAAAUUUGGACUUGGACUCAGUUCAACAACCCCAUGAACAUGUCAUACGAAAGCGUUAAUAUUUGUUUAGUUGUUACCAAGUCCACCUUUUCUAUCUAUUGAAAGAUGGAGCGGUUUAACAAACACCUUCCUACAAUUUCUACUUAAAUAUAAAUCUAACGUUACAAAUUAAACUAUACAUACAUUACAAUUUUUCCGAUAUAUGAUUCAUCUACUCUCAAAAAAAUUUGUACUCUAAGCUUUCAUUACAACCCAAAAGAAAGUUGUAACAAAACUCCUUUAGAUAUUUUACUAGUGUGUAUAUUGAUCAUCACCAAAAUGGGCAAUCAAGUGUCUAAUGGUUCACCGGUGACCGGAAAAGUGAUCCUUCUAGAUGGUUCAAUCCAAGAAUUUGACAAGCCCUUAACUGUGGCUGAGUUAAUGUUAGAGUAUCCACAACAAAUGGUGGUUGAUCUAAAAUCAACAACAACACAAAAAAAGCCUACUCCUUUGCCAGCUGAUAAAACCCUAGAGGUUGAUAAAAUUUACCUUAUGGUUCCUCUAAGGAAAGGUAAACUAGCUCAUUUGUCUCCCCAAGAGGCUCAUCAUAUUCUUCUUAGGUCAAAAACAUUUAAUUCUUCAUCGAAAUUCAUCCCUCUUUUCGCCAAGAUUUGUCCUGCCAUGAGUAAUAUUGAAGAUAACUAUGAUAAGUCUGCGGUAUCUAAGAGAGAGGUACUGGGUUCCGAUGAUAGGAAAAUGGAAGAGGGUGGCGAGUUUGAUGAUGAGGGUUUGGAUUUGAUUGAAAAACCGGAUUAUCUUAGUAGGCAAGUAUCGGGUAAAAGUUGGAAGCCAAGUUUAGACACCAUAGAAGAGAAGAAAAAUGAGAUUAAGAAGGUGUCUAAUUGGGUGAUUGUUGCAAAUAAGGUUGGUAAGAGGAUACACUCUAAGGGCUUGGUUUGGGGUUGAAAACACAUCAACAUUAAUUGCAUGAUGUACUAGUUCAUCCAUUGUAAUAUACUUUUCACAACCCAAAAUGAAGAAAAAAACGUUCAAAAGAGAGGGUAAUUUUAAAAAAAGUUUGAUGUAAAAACUUAAGAGAAUUGUUAUAUAUAUAUUUAGUUCAUAUUGCUUGUAUUAAUAUUCCUGCAUUAAAUUGCAUGAGAAUUAUCGAUAUUAUUAUACUUUUUACAAGAGUUAUUCCUGUCAAUUAUAGGUGUACCAAGGGGGAAAAAAUCGUAUCUAUCUAUCUAUUUAUACAUCUUAUCAUGAUAAUUAUAGUUCGCGUCGUGACUAAGUGCCCAAAUAAUUAAGUUUGUUAAUCUUUUAUUUCAACAAAAAAAAAUCCACAACCAAAAAAUAUCAAAAGUAUGCAAAGUUUCCUUAGAAUUAGGUACAGUAAAAAAAUAUCAAAGUAUGUGAAGUUUCCUUAGAAUUAGGUACAGUGAAAAAUAUCAAAAGUAUGGAGUAUGUAAAGUUUCCUUAGAAUCUUUUUUUUUUUUUUUUUUUUUGGUGAAGAAAUCUGUAAUAUAAUUGUAGAGUAAGGCCCCGUUCACUUCACCUUAAUUUUGCUGAACUAAAAUUAUUUUUACUGAUUAAAACUGAAUUUUACUGAAC